CUAUUCGCAAUAAACGUCACAGAGUUUGGCAGGUUAUAGAACACAAAUAACUUCAAUUUUAGUAAUCUUCUGUUGUCAAUAUAUAAGAGUGACUUAAAAUUUUAAUAGACACAAUGAAAUGAAAUAUCACUUGCAAUUUUAAAAAUUUCUGCGGAAAUUGAGAUAAAAAAUAUAAACACUGGAAAAAAAGGAUUCUUAUGCAGAGUCUUCAACUAGUAAAUGGGCGCUUGACGUCUGGAAUAAAAUAAUCUCAUCGUAACACCUACGUGAAAUAAAAGUGGAGAAAAGAUGACAGAAGAGAAUGCAACAAUGUCUAAAUUGAAAGACGAGGACACAGAGAGCAGAGAUAUGGAUAUCAAUUGUUAUUUCAAUAACACAAUGCCUACAAUCUUCAAUGAAAUUGUCGUGCCUAAAAGGUCCGAUUUCUUUGAUAUACAAUCAAUCCCUGUAGGUAUAGUUUCAGACUAUGGUCCUUUGUCUGACGUUGCAUCGGCGACCUCUUCCGAUGCGGACACCCUGCGAACAUCUACGUCUUUACUGUUGGACGCAACGGUUGAUCGAGUUGAGCACAAUGCAUUGAGUGAUGCGCACCGAGAUGCCUGGAUACCAUCGGAUCACACGCGAAAGAUAUUACGGUCUAUUGCGACCUCUGCAGCUGGCGCAAAUCAUCUGGACCGUGAGAAUCUCACUAUGCCCGGACUGGCCGUGCAAGGAGACAUGCCGGAUUUGAUCAAGAAUGCAUCUAUCCAUUUUUUGGGCGAGGAUGAGAACAUCCAUAGGAAUGUGCUUACGGCGUCCGAUGUAACUCAAGAUGAACGCGGUCUGAGGAAUUUGAUACAGGCCGGUUGCUACCGCGCAGCGGUCAAUCUGUCCGGCAGACUACUGGCUAUCUAUGCUCAAGGUUACGGCAAGAUCAAUCAACCUAGUAAACAUACACCUCAUUCUCUGCAGCUCUGGUAUACGAGACUCGCACUGUUGGUCAAAUUAAGACAGAUGGACGUGCUGGAAAACGAAUCAAAGCCAUUUGGUAAUCUCGAUAAACCCGACAUGUACUUCACCUUUUAUCCGGAAUUAUAUGGCACUAGACCAGGCUCUAUGGCAUCGUUUUCUUUUAGAUUAUUGUUGGCAGAGAUUCCCUUGUAUUAUGAUAAAGCGAAACAAGCGUUAGAUAAUUUGUAUAAACUUUUAGCGACCGUCCGUCAGAUUAUAGCCAAUUUCCAUGCCGGUCUUAGCGGCGAGGGAACACAUGUGAAGAUUAGUGAGUCUGAUCAGCGCGAGGCUGUGAAACUAUGGACAGCCAGAAAAUCCAGAAUCCUCAUUUCCAUUGUCAAUUGUGCCAUCGGUAUGAGAAAUUAUAUUCUUGCGAUAGAGAUGCUAGAGGAUCUGUGCAAGCUACCCAAUUGGACUACGGAGCAAAUAGGUAUCUUGAGAUCGGCCAUAGGAAGGGUGCAUUUAUUCCUUGGUGAUGUUUCAGCGGCGGAAAAGUUUCUCGUUCGCGGUAAUAAGGAGGAGAAAACAACGAACGUUCGAGAAUUAGUGGACUGCGGACUAAUGGCAGUCGCACAAAAUGCCUUUCAAGAAGCCUACAAUUACUUUCAGUCGGCGUCGGCGAUAGAUCCGUCCAACGUAAUGUUAAUUAAUAACAUGGCGGUGUGUUUGUUGUAUACCGGUCAGUUGAGAGCAGCCGUAUGGUUGUUUGAGAGCAUCGUCAAUAGAAAUCCAUUGAAAAGCCUGCAAGAGCCUAUCUUAUUGAAUAUGUGUACAUCGUACGAGCUGCACACGACGCAUUGUAAGCAGCCGAAACUGCACCUAUUGCGGCAGCUAAAUAGAUACAAGGGCGACGCGGUUGAUAUUCAGUGUCUAAAACUAGCUAUGUAAUUUUAGUCAUGAAUUCUCACUGUUAAAUGUUAAUGUUACAUCUUGAGACCUGAGCCUGUUAUUCUCAUAGAGAUUAUAAGUUUGAUUGUAUAAUUAAUUAAAACAUGUACAAAGAUAAUAGAAUUGUAGGUUUUAUUUAAUACAACUAAUUUUUUUAACCUGCGUCUUUAUAAGAACUUGAGAAAAUUAUUCUAAAUUAAAUUCUCUUGCCGUCGAAUUUAAUAACUAACUUUAUUAAGGUAAAUAUUCAAUUCUCUCACGUUUUUUAAGAUUAAUUUUCUUAAAUUUGGAAGACCAUUGUACUUUGAUUUAAAAAAAGUUAUACAUUUUUUAAAUACUAAACACAAUUAUGUAUAAUUGUAUCUGGGCUCGAAUGAAAUGUUAAAUCUCAGGAAAAAUGUAAACGUUGUGAUAUUAAAAAUGGUAAAAUAUACCUGUUUAGUUACACACUUCUAGCUUUUUCAAAAUUUUUAAACUCACAUUACGUUGCUAAGAUAUAAUAUGCCGUACUUUUUCAUGUUAUCCACAUAUCCUCUCUAUCCGUAUUUUUUGUAUCUCAGCUGAUUAUUUAAGGAUCGUGCAUACUCUAUGCGCACAUUUCAGGGUCAUCGAUCGUACAAUGGAAUAACUAUAUGAAAAACAGCGGGACAUCAAAGUAAAAUAGCCUUUAUUACAUCAUGAAACGAGGACAAUUUAACGAAUGUUUAACAAUUGCUAUAGUUUUCUCUUCUCACACUCCCUUCUGCUCUACUUCUCUCGCGUGUAAACAUGUGAUUUACGCAUGUCUUUCCUCUUCCUUCGCCUCUUGAUUUAUCCCCCGCGUUUUUCUUAUUACUUUUUUUUUUAGUCGAAAGAAUACGAGUACCCCGCAGCGAAUUUUCUGAAAAUAUAUAUUAUGUAAUAAAAUUCAGUAUGUUUUUGCUAUUUUUUCUCUUGCGUUUAUAAUAUGCGUUUCGGUCGUUUCUUUUUGCGCAUCGGUUUCUGCAUUUUUAAUUUCUUGCAUCGUUUCCUCGUUUUUUUUUUAUUUUUCUUAUUUUUAUUCUUUAAAACUGGCUUUUUAAACUGGCUAGAUUACUCUUUCGCUCUCUCUCUCUCUCUCACACUCUUUCUUAUUAUCGCGCGAUUACAUCGUAGCACAUAUUAUUAGAUUAUUGGAUUCCCAAACUGCACUCUCUCUCGCUCUCUCUCCCUGCAGAAAAAAGGCACGAACUGGCGGAAAAGUCGGCCUAACUGUAUAAUAUUUUCAUUUAUUUAUUAUGGAUGGAACUUCAUGUCUCACAUACAUUAUUUUUCUUUAUUUCCUCUCUUUCCCUACCGUCGUCCCGUGGGCCUCACGGCGGUCUCGGCCCGUUGAAUUAGUUAGUGCCGCGAAAGUUAACGACAUAGUGAGCGCAGCGCAAGAAUCUCCGCAUAUCGAUUAUAAUUCGCGAUAUAUCAAUUAAUUAAUUGAUUUAUAUUAAUUAGUUAACUUGUAUGUCAUUAUACGCGUCCGUCUCGAAUGCCCAUCGCCGACGAUCAAAUUCGGUAGGAUCGUCUUUCGUUAGAUUAAUCCGAAUAUUAGUUCUUUUUUUUACAAAGAACAAUAUUUAUUUAAUACAACAAUAUUAAUUUUAACAAAUUUAUUUCAGCCACGAUGAAACAAAAAAAAUAAAUAAAAAUAAAACAUUCUCCACGUUUUAAACAUUAAAUGGUAGACGAUUCAACAUGAAAUUACCGGAAAUCUUAUGCAGAUACGCAAUAUUAUUGUAUGCCAAAAUAUCAGAGACAGAGCCGUAACUAGAAUUUAGCAAAGAUGAGUUAUUAUUUUUAUCAAAAAUGCACAAAUAUAUAUUUUCGAGAUAUAUGAUAUUAUUUUCAAUGUAUAGAACAUUUUUUUUAUUGUUUUGCAUUGAACGUUUUAUAAAAGAGAUUACGCGCGAUUUCAAUUUAUGAAAGAUAAUAAUAGAAACUUUUAUAUACAAACAUAUAGAUAAUUUUAUUUUUUUAAAUUCAGUUGUUACUUAUAUUCUAUUUUAAAUAUAAAAUAUAAAAAAUAGAGAAUUAUAUCAAUUAGAUUUGUAAAAAAAUAAAGCUAAAUAAAGUUUAAAAAUAAUUUUUGAGAAUAAUUUGCUAUCAAUAAUUAUUUUUAUAUUGUAUAUAAUUAAUUUUGUAUUUAAAUAUCUGGCAUAAAUUAAAUUAUCACUACAUAUGCAAAUAAUUCUAGUUACGUACUCUAAUUAUAAUUCAUAAUUAUUUCAACAGUGUGAAAACAUGUAAAGCUUUAAAAAAUUGUUAAUUCAGCGAUAGCGAUUAUUUAAAAAAUGACAAAAUUUAUCUUGGAAAUGUUAUGUCAAUUCUAUAUGGAAUUAGUUGCUUAACGAGUUUAAAAAAUCAUUCGUUUUUUAUCAUUAAAUUACAUAUUAAUUAUAAAAUUACAUCGUUUGGAGCUUGCGCAACAGGCACUACAUCGCCAAAAAGAGCCUUUCAAAUUAUAUCUUUCUCUCGUUCGAGUACGUUCACACCUCGUCAUAUUACAAUAAUAUCCACAUCGCUAUUCCUGGCAAUUAAAUGUAAUUUUGUAUAUAUAUAUCUAAUAUAUAAUAUAUACUAUAUAAUAUAUACACAAUUGUGUGUAUAUACUAUAUAUAUAUAUGCCAUUUUAUAGUAAAUUUAUCUUUUUUUAUAUAUGUCUACAAUAUUUAUAUAUAUUUAUGUAUACUAUAGUGUAAUAUGCUUACGCGCCGUCUAAUCCCUAAAAAAGAAACGGUACAUUAUUGUCUGCGGUAUUUUUUUGUUUUCGAGUAUUUAUAUAUAUAAUAUAUACAAUUCAUUUUUGGUAUUUAUAUAAUAUAUAAGUCAAUGAAAAGCUCAAUGGCGUGACCAUGUAGUAUUCAUUGAGUACAAUAAAUUUGAAAAUUUUCGUACGCUUCACGAAACUCCUUAUAUGCGUAAUCGAUCCACGAUUUAUUUCACAGAGCAUAAAGAAGAAAAAGGAGUGAAAGAAAAGCGGAUAUUUUUGCUGUUUUUUUUAAUUGCUAUUCAUCGGGAAAAUUUGUAUUAUUUUAUUCUUUAUAAUUAAAGAAUCUUAGCGAACAAAAAUAAAAGUGAGGAUAAUGCACUCAAGGAGUAUCGUGAAGGUAAUUCUGUUCUCGACGACGAUGUCGUACUAACAUUUAUGUAAUUUUUCGUUUAUUUUGGCAACACUAGGCAAGCUCGGUCGUUCACGGAAGGCAUCGUAUGGUGCUUAUUAAAUCGUUGCUUCAACAAUCAUAACAAUUUUCAUCGCUCUUUUCCAUUUAUUAUUUUUCUAGUUAUUAUCUUCGCUGUUGUUUUUCUUUUUAUUUUAUCUCAUUAUUGUUCGUUCGGGAGAUAAUGUCGAUGCACAAAAGCGACUUACAUAAGUUUUUUUUUUCGUUAUUCAGUAGUACGUACAUAUAUUGAGGCAA